AGACUGAGUCACGUCUACUGUAAGUCCAAAAGUAGUUUCCAGUAAAUCUUCAUCUAGUUUCUGAGGAUUGUCACUGCAAUAAGCGAGCAGAGAAAGAGCAGUGAUAGAAGAUGUCAUCUGUUCUAGAGCUUCUUCUGAAGACUCUGGAUGAUCUGAGCACACAAAAACUACAGAGGUUGAAAUGGUACUUAAAGAAUUAUGAAUCCAUUUCCACGGCUGAUAUUGAAAAAGCAAAAGCCACUGAUAUAGUGGACAUAAUGGUGGCACGAUUCACUCCAGAGGGAGCUGUUAAGAUCACGCUGGACAUCCUGAGGAAGAUGAAUGAGAAUCAUCUGGCUGAACAGUUAGAGAACAAACACAAGGAUGUACAAAAUGCAGUGCAGAUCAGCAGAGACGCUCACAAUGUUGAUCCUAAUCCUAAAUCAGGUGUAACUGUGCAUGCUCCUGUAUUCACUAGAAACAUCUCAAACCCAGUGACCUUCAACCCCAGCUCGAGCUCCAGUGCUGUUGGUCUAGUGCAAUAUUACAACAAAACUAUGAAGAAAGUGGAUCCAGUUGUGAAGUUUCCCUCUGCUGGAUUGAUAAGUCUGAGUGAAAAUGCUGGAGAUACCGGGAUCACCUUAAGACAACAGUAUGCCUGUGUUCUCACACUGGAUCCCAACACAGCACAUCCUAACCUCUUUCUGUCUGAGAGGAACCGGAAGGCGACACAUGUGAGAGAGAAGCAGCCGUAUCCGGAUCAUGCGCAGAGAUUCGAUUGGGAGCCGCAGGUUCUGAGUCAGGAGAGUCUGACUGGACGCUGUUACUGGGAGGUUGAAUGGAGCGGGCGGAUGGGUGUUGGUAUAGUGGUGACAUAUAAAGGAACGAGGAGUAAAGGAGCUGAUAAUGACUAUUCGUUUGGUCGUAAUACACGGUCUUGGCAACUGAAGUGUUCUGGCUUUGGCUACAUCGCCUGGCACAAUGGUUGUCCGACUAAUAUACCUUUUCCUUCAUCUUCUACUAAAGUAGGAGUGUAUGUGGACGUGUCGGCCGGCACUCUGUCCUUCUACAGCGUCUCUGACACACACACACUCACACACUUACACACAUUCAACACCACAUUCACUGAACCCCUCUAUGCUGCGUUCUUGAUCCCCACAAACUGCUCCGUGUGUCUGUGUGAAAUUUAACACCCAUUGGAUGGACUUCACAAAGAAUACAUGAUCAUUUGUUAUACUUUAACAAUCAUUUGGUUAUUAAUGUUAAAUGAUAAUUACUGCAAGUUAAGACAUGGAAUCACUGUGUUUGUCUGUUGUUUCUGUACAACUGAGGGUAAAAAACACUCAUACUGUAUGCUUAACUCAUAUGCUUAAGUUAAAUGUAUUAAAAUUGUUGAGAAAAUGAAUUCAAAUGAAUAUAAAAAGCCAAAACAUGGCUAUAUAAAAAGACAGUCUAACUUUCUAAUGGUUAUUGAUUAUGCACAUGUCACAUCAAAGCAUGCACUUUAUUUUACUGAGAAGUUGCAAUCAUAUUUACCACUUUGCUGCGAAAAAUUUGUGGGUAAAUUUUAUUAGGAGUCUAUAAGAUUGUAAGUUUUACGCGAGUGAAAUUCAAAGAUUUUGCUUAUAUUCCAGUUGGUCGCAUGAAUUCAACAGAAAUCUGCAGAAAUCAGUGACUUCUGUGUGAGAUCAUACAUCACUACACUUGACAACAGUUUUGUUUCCAAUAAUAACUAAUGUCUUUGUUCUCAUUUCACAAUGUCUCUUCAGAAUGUUUCACGCAGACUCAUAUUACAAGUUUUGUUUUCUUUACAGUAUCUUAAAUUGUUCCACUUAAUAAAAUUCAUAACA